AUGUGUUGGGAUUCCAAGUGUGUGAAUGUGGAAAAGUUUGACCCUGCUCCAUGUAAUUUGCAUGGAUCCAUUAACUUUUCACUUUCCUCAGGGUUCAAUAGCUCCAGUCUAAUUGAAGACAGCAAGCUUUUGGAAAUCUGCAAAGCCUUUGCCCAUUCAGGAGCUUUCAUUGUCACCGUUUUUUUCACCUGCCUCAUCAUAGUGGUUGUGCAGAACUCUUCGGAGCUGCGUGAGAACCCCCGCUACGCCCUGUUGUGUCUGCACUGCAUGUGCGUGAGCGGCUUCAACAUCAUGGGUGCAGUGGUGCACAGUUUACGCAGCCUUUGCUGGCCAGUCUCUCGAAUUGUCUGCUGGAUCCUCUUUGACCUGCAGGUAGUGAUGGCACGAGGUCUGAUGAUCACCCUCAUGCUAAUGUCUGUCACCACCUGUCUCUCUAUUUGCCUGCCACUCCAUUACCCGGCUCUGGUCCAGAGCUACCGCCACUGGGUGACGCUGCCGUCUUGUGCUUUUGCCCUGUUCAACCCCGUGGUGUUCACUGUCCUAGCCUGCGUACGCUACCCGUGGGACUACGUGAUUGGACUGGACACAGAGUGCUCUACAGCUUUGGAAGGCACGGCUUGCAUUGUUAGUGCUUUAACGCAGCUGUCAGUGCUGCGUUAUGAUGAUUAUGUUCAUCAUGUGGCCAUUUACCUGGAGGGCAGGCGUGUUGGCCAUUUCACACCUUCCAACGGUAAGGGCUGCUGCACCAUCCUCAUCCACCCUGGCCUGCAGAUGAGCUUGCACAUCCUCCCCUCUCUCAUCAUCAUCUCGCGGCAUCAGGAGAGUCUCGCGGUGACACUGCCACUUUACAUUGUCUUUUGCUCUGCACAGUCGCUGAGUCCUGUGGUGUUUGGCCUGUGCUUCAAAGAGCUCUCCAUGAAGAUGCCACAUCUCCUGCCAUGCACUCAGGGUAUCUGUGGCUACAUUGGGAGCACGGAUAACAGGAGCUUCGGGACAGUAACUAGUGCAGGCACUGGGGCCUGUAUAGAGAUGAAUGCCUCUGCCUGCGUGGCCACAGGCACCCUGUUUGCAGUUAUCUCAAAGUAUGAGGAGGAACAGAAAGAGACCUCAGACGUCACAGAGGUAACCGUGUAAGUGAGAUUCAGAUAAUGUUGAAUACAGUUCUUGGACAACAAACUUGCCUUUUGGAUAGAGUUUAACAGAGAGUUAAAGGAAUAGUGUAAAAAACGUCUCAUAAUUUACUCAUCCACGUGCUAUCUUAUGCCCACGUCAUCAAAGUAUCUUCUUAAACGGUGGUCAGCAUGGCAAAGUUAUAUCAUAGUUCUGUGUCAGCCACUGUUUCAAAAGGGAAGGGGGAGGGGUGGAGUGAGCCGUUGGUUGCAAUUCGAAGCCUCACCACUAGAUGCUGCUACAUUUCGUAAACCAUACCUGAUGCAUUUACUAAUGUUAACAAAUACAACCUUAUAGAGGGUAUGCAUUGACGUCACUUUCCCACGUGAACGCGCUGGGACACGCCCCCCUUGAGCACCAGGACACGUUCUAGGGCUGUAGUCAAGUCCACCGUUGUCGAGUCCAA